AUGCCUGUUGAAAGAAAAUCAGUUGAUCAUUCCCAUCAUGGUGUGCGGCAACCACAAACACCUUCCAGGCCAAAUAAACACAGUUACCAUAGCAACCAGAAACAGCCAACACAGAAAGCAAAAGUUUAUAAAUCUGGAAACAGUACUAAUGUAAAGAAGUCGUCAAAUAGUAUCAAAAAGCCUCAACCAAUUUUGAGAGCAGUUACACAUUCAGAUGAACCACAUCCGGAACCAAAUGAAGCUGAUACUAAAAGAAACGAUAGCGGUACUGAGGGCUCACAAAUCGUGAAGAAGGAAACCCACAAUGAGGAACAAGAAUCAAGAGUUUCCUCGAGGUUGUCAGAUAACAGUCUUGCAUCGUCCGCGUCUCAAUCGUCCAUCACCAGCUAUACUGUCAACCGAGCAGAGUCGCCGACCGAGCAACCUCUUCGACAAGCGCGAAGUGUAUCAGCAACAGUUAGAAGGAUUCCCCCCGGAGAAUUUGAUAUAAAGACGUUUAAUUCCAGUAUCAGUGAUUAUGUUGAAUUAUUUUCCUCUCCAAAAUUUACUAAAGUUGAAACCGAUUAUCCUGUGGAUGAUCUGAUAUCAGUAGUAUCUGAGAUUUCAUCAGCUAUUGAAGAUUAUAAAGCUUAUACUGCAGCUUCCCAACAGCAUCUGGAGGACUUGAGGAACAGAAUGAAGACAGUGAAAGAAAAUGUACGAAUGAGCGUAACGCGUCAAGCAUUUCAAAUACAAGAAGGUGAUGAUGGUUACCACAGUAUAGAAGAAAAAGAACUUACCGAAAAACUUGCCAAACUAAACGCAGUUGUCGCCUCAGCAAACGUCGAUCUUGCCGAAGCGAUACGGCUAUCAGCAGAAACCGAGAACACAGCAGUAAAUGCCCAGUUGUCCACAGAAAGAGCCAGAAUGGAAGCUGAAGACAUUCAAGAGGAAAUAGAAUUUAAAGCCAAGGUGGAACGAGAAAGAAGAGCUGAGCAGGAAAGAAUAGCUGAAGAGGAAAGAUUAAAAAGAGAAGAAAUAGAAAGAAAAGAAGAACUAGCUAGAAAAGCCAAAGAAGCAGAAUGGAAAAGAAGGGAAGCUAGUAUGUCUGAUAAAAUACCCAUCUGUGACCGAGAUGAUUGGCCUGUAUAUGAUAUGUCAGGAGAGAAACCUACCGAAGAUGAAGAAGGUGAAGCACCAUUAAUCUGUACAGUUAGAUGUCAUCCCGAAAACUUUGGUUCAGAAUUACUCAAAUGUCGCGUCAUCAACCAAUCAGAUGCUAACUUGGUGUUCAAUGAUCAUGAGGAACUGGUCAGCCAGGUUAUAGAAGUCAAAUAUGUCCAUAAUGAGGACGAAUUUAAGGAACCAGUGUAUAUAGGUAUCCCACAUUUCCAGACCAGAGCAGCAGCAUCAUCAAGAGAAGUUGUUGUUAAAACAGAUGUUGGUGGAUCAUGGAUAGAACUUCCCACCAGAGAGGUUUCUUUCGAAAGCAGAAAGGAUGUUAAAAUGGCCCAAGCUGAAGUGAAACAACCUGGUAUUUUAGUGGUUGUGUCAAGAUUUAAACAGGAUUACGUUACUUUGUCUCCCAAGCCAUGUAAAGUUGUUUCAUCAUUUGAUCAACGCAUUACUUUUAGUUUUCCAAAAGAAGCUGUCUUUAAAAAUCAACAUCUUCUUAUACAGGUACAGACAGUUGACUCUGCCUCCGUACACGACUAUAAAGCUAGAGAUAGUGAUGCUAAAGGCUUGUUAACUUCUAGUCAUAUUGUUCAUAUGGAUUGGGACUCUGGUGAUAUAGAAAAACCAGUAACGAUAACAUUGCCAUGCCCUCCUAAUCCAGCAAAGGCCAAGAAGUUAGCACAGAUAAGGAAAAUGAAAGAGGAAAAAAUGAAAAAUCCUAAAGUUGUUCCUAAAACACUGGCCGAGAUGGAGAAAGAAGAGGAGAAGAAGAAGAAGAGACAAGCUAACAGAGCAGUGAAACAGAAAGAAGCUGAAGAAGGAGAAGAAGAAGAUGAUGUACCAAUGAGGAAGACUCAGAAUAGAUGGUAUAUGGGAGAAUAUGCUUCCACAGAUGACGAUGAAAACGACCUGUUACAUUUCUUAAUGUACAAUAAUGGUAGAUGGUUUGUAGAACCAGAAGUAGAAAUAUCGUCAACCAAAAUAGAUCUGGUUACCUUUAAUCUUCCACGAGCUUGUGAAAGAUUUAUGGUAAUUCGUACCAGAACCAAUAUAGCAGAAGAAUCUAUACCACCAAUAGCUACUGGAUUGAGUAAAUAUCUAGCUAAACGAUUUGUCCAAGUUAUAUUGAGACAGAAAACAGAUGAUCCAUUCAAAGCUACCCUAACAGUCUGUCCGGCAAGUAGGUCAGAUAAAACGUUAAAGAAAUUAACAGAAGAAGGUUACGAAGAAUCACCGAGCGCUGCUUUACAAGUCUGUGUAUCUGAAGGUGACACCAUAGAAGUGAAGUUCCGGGGUAAUGUGACUUGUGGUGAAAGUGACACUCACUUGAGUAUACCUUACAACACUCACGUUCACUCUCAGUUGUAUUUCUCUGUGUCAGAGGUCGACAAGUAUUUACAGAAGAACUUCCCCAUGUAUCGUGGCUUGGUACAAGUUUUUAGAAAAUAUAAAGAAAGAAAAGCUGUGAUCAAAACAAUUGGCAGAAGACAAGAAGAUGAUUCAGACAAACCACCCGAAAUUAAAGAAGAAAUAUUAUGUGAACUAUUGAUAAGCAUACCAAAGUAUCAUAUUGAACCUAAUGCUAUACCAGUUAAGGCUCCAAUUAAAAUUCACAAUACCAAAGAUCCUGUUAAUGAAGAUACAAUGAAAGAUUUAGCUGUAGAACUCGGAGAUGAAUGGAAGAAAGUCGCCCAUUAUCUCAAUGUUAAUAGAAUCAGACUACAAUCUAUAUUGAGAGAUAUGAACAUUGGUGAAAGAACCUUUGAUGAAGCUAAAUUUGAUAUGUUAAUGACGUGGUUAAAGCGAGUUCCUAAAGCAGCAGACAAGGUUUCGAUUUUAGCAGCAGCUCUGAUUAAAAGUGGUAGGAGUGAUUUAGCAGAACAUCUUAGAUCUAAAGAAAGAGAAUAUCACCGCCACCAACCAACACCUCAGCAUGAAAUAGCAGCCAACUGA